GCUUUACACGUGGUUAGCGUACAUGGCGGAAAGAUGGAUUAUAUUUCGUUGAAAGCGUCGGCGAGAAACAAGCGAAGUCUUCCGUUUAAGGUCAAUAGGAAUCCAAAAAGGAAUAAAAUGAUGUUCGCUGGUGAUCCUCGUUUCUUACCCAGAGUUAAGCAGUUGUUGUUUGCCCGAAAGCACUCUAGCGUCGUGGACGUGGACAAACUGGUGGCCGACCUGCAGCAGACGUAUCCGGAGUAUCGAAGAAAAAAGCAUUCGGCUUUUCGGAGGGCUGUCGAUUCGGCAAUCGAUAAAAUAGAAGAGGAGACGGAAACGAGUAAGAGCUGCGUCGGAGAGAAGGGAGAGGGAAGUAUUCGAAGCGGUGGUUCCGAUCAGUUGCCGGAUAGCGAUUUUUCCCCCGAUAAUGAAAAUUAUGUAGUUUACGAGGAUACAAAUAUGGUGAACAAAUCGAUCACGGACUUAUAUCGAAGAUCUCCGGCGAGAUCGUUGGACAGUCACAUGACCAAGCGCUCCACCACGCCUAAAGAGAGCUCUCACAGGAGAAUAGUGGAAGGCGAGUCUGCCGGUUCCACUCCGAACGUUCCGGUGGUCGUCGGAAUGGAGGACGAAAAGUGCAUGAAAAAUUACGCUUCUAGAACUACUCUGAGCGAAGAAGAGGUGAUUAAAAGUAGUAUCGGCAAUAGAAGACCGUUGCGCACUUCCGAAAGCAUCAUCAGUAAAAAGCUGGCCGGAAAAAAGAAAGAUGCAAUUCUUCAGCAACCUGGAAUAACAUUUUCAGAUAUCGGAGGAAUAGAGCCUAUGUUACAGGAGAUUUGUAAAUUGUUGGUUCACAUGAAACAUCCCGAGGUUUAUCAGCGACUUGGGGUGACUCCGCCCCGCGGUUUUCUGUUGCACGGUCCUCCGGGUUGCGGCAAAACUUUGUUGGCCCAUGCCAUUGCCGGGCAACUAGAGCUUCCGUUCAUAAAAAUUGCAGCUACGGAAGUGGUGUCCGGAGUCUCCGGAGAGUCCGAGGAAAAAAUAAGAGAUCUGUUUGACAAGGCAGUCAAUAGCGCUCCUUGCAUUCUUUUUAUUGACGAAAUCGAUGCCAUAACACCCAAGCGAGAGACCGCGCAGAGAGAGAUGGAAAGACGUAUAGUGGCACAACUUUUAACGUGCAUGGACGAAUUAAAUCAGAAGCACGGCAGCGCUCAAGUGCUAGUUAUUGGAGCGACAAACAGACCGGAUGCUCUGGAUCCCGCUCUCCGCAGGGCUGGCCGGUUCGACCGAGAAAUCUGUCUGGGAAUUCCCGACGAAGAUUCGAGGAACAGAAUAUUGAGGGUGUUGUGCCGACAGUUGAAGUUGGAAUCCGGUUUCGACUUUCAGUGGUUGGCCAAACGUUGUCCCGGGUUUGUCGGAGCGGAUCUCAUGGCCCUGACGAGAGAAGCGGCAACUGUUGCUAUAAACAGGAUAUUUAAUAAUUUACAAGAAAGCUCGCAACAGUUCUAUCCAGGUUGGACGUCCAACACUCCUUCGCUCGUCGGAACACCAGACAGCAAUCUGAGCGUGGACACGGAAUUCUCUCAGAGGACUAAUCACUGUGGAGGAGAGAAUCCCGACAGCCAGUCGUUGCUGUCGGAGAACCCCGUGGACGAACUACAGUCGGUGCUGUCUUGGUUGAGAGACCAACCACCUCUUACAGAAGAACAACUGCAACAGUUAUUUGUUGAAAAGUCAGAUUUUGAGGCUGCUUUAAAAGUUGUUCAACCAUCUGCAAAGAGAGAAGGUUUUGUUACGGUGCCGGAUGUCACGUGGGAUGACAUCGGAGCACUGAAGGACAUCCAGGAAGAAUUAAAGCUGUCUAUAUUGGCACCCGUUCAGUAUCGCGAACAGUGCGAAUGUCUUGGACUGACAAACCCUGUGGGAAUACUUCUCUGUGGUCCUCCGGGAUGCGGUAAAACUCUAUUGGCAAAGGCCAUUGCAAAUGAAUCUGGCAUUAAUUUUAUUUCUGUCAAAGGACCCGAACUGCUGAAUAUGUACGUUGGAGAAAGCGAGAGAGCCGUUCGGCAAUGUUUCCAGAGAGCCAGCAACUCUGCCCCGUGCAUUAUAUUCUUUGACGAGAUAGAUGCACUCUGCCCCAGAAGAUCAGAUACUGCCGAGGGUGGGGCGACUGCACGAGUGGUUAACCAAAUGCUUACGGAAAUGGACGGACUGGAGAGUAGAAAAAACGUCUUCAUUAUGGGAGCUACGAACAGACCGGACAUUCUAGAUCCUGCCAUGCUUCGUCCGGGAAGAUUAGAUAAAAUAUUAUUCGUCGGUCUUCCUACAGCAUCGGAUCGGGUGGAAAUCUUGAAAACUAUAACUAAAAACGGCACGAGGCCUCUCCUAAAUGACGACGUAAAUAUAGUCGAAAUCGGGAACAGUGGUCUUUGUACCGGUUUCACUGGUGCCGAUCUCUCGUCUCUUGUUCGCGAAGCAUCUCUGGUUGCCUUCAAGGAAUAUCUUCAGCUUGCAACUAGCAUGGAUAUAAAAGACAUACAGCUCAAGGUGUCACGACAUCACUUUGAUGCAGCAUUGAAGAAGAUUAGACCCUCGAUAACAGCCAAGGAUCAAAAAUUAUACGAGAGACUAAAGAUAACCAAAUGUUCGGUAGCGGGAUUUAACACGAAAUUGGACGAAGAAACAUUCCAAAAUUCUAACGAUAACAGAUGAUUUUGAUUUUGCAUUCGUCGGUAAGAUGCCAUUUUCGGUUUGUCGUCUACAUACGUCCCAUAAUGUUGUUAUCUAGAUGUUAAUGUCAGUUUCGGAUCGGAA